CCUUCCAACCAGAAGACAAAGGUGCAUGCCAAGCAAGUCUGUGAAAGUUUCCGACAACAUAACGAUGGCCGAUUCGACUAAAGGACCAGAACUAUCUAAAGCUGAGUAUCUAAAACGUUAUUUAUCCGCUGACGAAGAUGGCAAGAAGUCAAAGGGGAAGCUUAAAAAGAAACGGCUUAAAGUUCCCGAAAAAGGUCUUAAAAUAGUAGACGAUGACAUUGACUGGAAACAGCUGGUCACAGAGGAGAACGAGAUUGAAGAGGACGAAGAGGAAGCUCCUGUGAUUGCUGAGAUGAUUGACGAUCGACCAGAGGAGGUGAAACAGCUGGAGGCCUUCAGAACAAGCAAUAGAUGGAAAGUGAUUGGAGCUGACGAAAGUGAAGACACAGAAGAGGGGGAAGGAGAAGAGCAUCAACAGGCAGAGCCAGAGGCAUCAAGCAGGAUUCGCCAUGACUCUCCAGACACAUCCCCCCAAAGAAGAGUUCGCCAUGACUCUCCAGACACAUCCCCCCAAAGAAGAGUUUGCCAUGACUCACCAGACUUGUCACCUUCUAGGCAACGGUCAGGAAAAUCAGGGAAGGCACAAAGUAAAGAUUCAUCCCCUGUUAGAAGAAAUCCCAGCUCAUUAUUAUCAAGUAAAAAACGUUCACCUGAUACUCUGGCAAAGAGGGCUCAGAACAGGCAUGAUUCAGACUCUGACCAGUCACCUCCAAGAAGGAACUCAAAAACAAAACGAGGCUCUGAUUCUGACCAGUCGCCACCCAGGAGGCGGCCGCGGGGUGGAAAGGACUCUGAUGAAGAUCUGUCACCACCUCGUAGGCCUGGCCAGGAUCCGAGGAUGCUUUCCGGUGGGAAGGCAGGUCUGGUUUCUGUAGAUGUUUUAAGGAAGGAGCAGGAGGAGAACCGGCGCAGAGAAAAAAAAAACCAGCCACUGGAAGAUGAAUCCCGCAAUGCCCAGACUGUGUUCCGAGACAAGACUGGUAAAAGGAGAGAUUUGGAUACGGAGAGAGAAGAAAAGCUGAAGAAAGCUGGAGAAAAAGCAGCAAAGGAUGAGAAAUAUGCUCAGUGGGGGAAAGGGUUGGCCCAGGGCCAGAUGCAUCAGCAGAAACUUGAGGAUGCGGUGCAUGAAGCCCAGAAGCCGCUGGCACGUCACUGCAAUGACGAAGAUCUCGACCGCAUGUUGAGAGAGCAGGAAAGGGACGGAGAUCCAAUGGCUGCGAUGCUCAGACGGAAAAAGGACCGCAAUACAAAGACACAAACCAAACCUCGAUAUAAAGGUCCACCACCACCUCCAAACCGCUUCAAUCUUCUACCAGGCUAUCGCUGGGAUGGAGUUGACAGGUCAAAUGGUUUUGAACAGAAACGCUACUCGCGAAUCGCAGAUAAAAAAGCCGUCCAGGACGCAGCAUAUAAAUGGAGUGUGGAGGACAUGUAAGGGCAAUUCGAAACGGAUGGAUCAAGAGCGGAGCUGAAGAGCAGGACCGCUCCUCCAUAGAAUUAGACAGAAACUAGAAUAUCUAAUCCAUGCUGUUAAAACAACUGCAGAUCAGACGCAUCUACAAAUGGACUGAGAAAGAUUUUGUUCGCCAUUCAAAGUGAUUUGAGACUGCAAUGGACAGAGUCAGAUGAUAACAAAGUGAUAAACUACAAAAAUAAUUGUACAUAGCAGUGAAGUGACAGCAUCUUUUAUUAUUUUAUAAUUAAGUUGAUGUGGAGCCAAUACAGAUGUGUUUUUCACUGUUUUAAUAAAUAAUGUUUUUGUAAA